AUGGCUGCAAACGAUAGGACUCUUAAGCAAUUGGCUGCACCUACCUUGAAUCAACAACCUUUAUGCAUUGAAUUUCCUGCAUUAGGUGCUACCUUUGAGUUGAAGUCAGGACUAAUUCACCUUUUGCCUACUUUUCGUGGUCUAGCAGGUGAAGAUCCACAUAAGCAUCUUAAGGAAUUUCAUGUGGUGUGUUCUAGCUUGAGGCCGCAAAACAUCACCGAAGAACAAGUGAAAUUACGAGCUUUUCCUUUUUCCUUAGCUGAUUCGGCCAAAGAUUGGUUGUAUGAUCUUCCUUCGGGGUCCAUUAAUUCUUGGAAUGAGAUGAAGUGUUCUUUCCUAGAAAAAAAUUUUCCUGCGUCACGAGCUGCCAGCAUAAGGAAAGACAUAUGUGGUAUUCGCCAACUGAAUGAAGAAACUUUAUACGAGUAUUGGGAGCGUUUCAAAAAGUUGUGUGCAAGCUGCCCACAUCAUCAAAUUCCCGAGCAGCUCUUGAUCCAAUAUUUCUAUGAGCGGUUAAUGCCAAUGGAUAGGAACAUGAUUGAUGCUGCCAGUGGUGGAGCACUAAUGGACAAAACACCAGCAGGUGCAAGAACUUUGAUUGCAAGCAUGGAAGCGAAUUCACAGCAAUUCGGGGCACGUACGGAGCAUCCGACCAAGCAAGUUAGUGAGGUAAGUACUUCUAACAUUGAACGUCAAAUUUUUGACUUGACUACUUUGGUGAAACAAAUGGCUGUAGGAUCUUUACAAGCAGCAAAAGUAUGUGGCAUUUGUACGAUGGUUGGGCAUCCGACGGAUAUGUGUCCCACUUUGCAAGAGGAGGACUCAACACAACAAGCUAAUGCCAUAGGAGGUUUUCCAGGGCAACUUGAACGGAAAUUUGACCCAUACCCCAACACAUAUACCCCAGGAUUUAAACAUCCAAAUUUGAGUUAUGGCAAUCCAGCAGCUGCUCAGAAUAGUUUCCAAUUUCCUUAUCCAGCUAGACAACAAUAA